AUGUUUACUCAUGUACCUAGCUUCCGUCACAUCCCUACCUUUGGACGUAGUACUAUCCGCCGAUUCGCAAAAAAUGUAUCCGGCCUCAAGCAGAUGGCUGGUAGAGACUUCGAGGACAUACUGCAGUGUAUCAUACCUGUUUUCGAAGGCCUCCUCCCACCGCCACAUGAUGAGCUUGUACAGACCCUGGUCUUCACGAUUGCCUACUGGCAUGGCCUAGCCAAGCUUAGGUUGCACUCCGAAGAAACAGUCGCGAUCUUCCAUGCAGCAACUCGAGACCUCGGGAAAAUUGUGCGCAGGUUUCUUCGGAAGACUUGUGAAGCAUAUGAUACCCGUGAGCUCCCUCGAGAGGAAGCAGCUCGUGGUCGCCGCACAGCUGCGAUGGUUGCAAAACAAGGAGCAAAGGCCUCACGCAAGCUGCGUAAACAGCAAGCAUCUGCCAUUGCAAGCGCCGGCCCUACAUCAGGAAAAAGCUUUCGGGGCCAUAGCACCCACUGA